GCGCGCGGCGUGGGAUAAAAGCAAGGGAACAAGGGAUGGUCCAAUCAAAGCUGCCAUCUCGCCUAAAUAAAACACUCCCCCACACUCACACUCACCGCCCACCAAAUGCUCCUCUUCUUCCUCCUCACUGGCUCAGCUCCGCUGUAAAGAGCGCGCACGCACAGGCGGCGCCGAGCUGAACGACUGAGAAACAGAGGAGGUCGAGCGUCGCUGCAGCACCGCCGGCAAGAUGAUCACGGGCGCGGACUUCUACCACGUGAUGACGGCCAUGGUGCCGCUCUACGUCGCCAUGAUCCUCGCCUACGGCUCCGUCAAGUGGUGGCACAUCUUCACCCCCGACCAGUGCUCCGGGAUCAACCGCUUCGUGGCGCUCUUCGCCGUCCCCCUCCUCUCCUUCCACUUCAUCUCCACCAACGACCCCUACACCAUGAACCUGCGCUUCAUCGCCGCCGACACGCUGCAGAAGCUCAUGAUGCUGGCCAUGCUCACGGCCUGGAGCCACCUCUCCCGCUCCGGCUCGCUCGAGUGGACCAUCACGCUCUUCUCCCUCUCCACGCUGCCCAACACGCUCGUCAUGGGCAUCCCGCUGCUCAAGGGCAUGUACGGCGACUUCUCCGGCUCCCUCAUGGUCCAGAUCGUCGUGCUCCAGUGCAUCAUCUGGUACACCCUCAUGCUCUUCAUGUUCGAGUACCGCGGCGCCCGCAUGCUCAUCACCGAGCAGUUCCCCGACACCGCCGGCGCCAUCGCCUCCAUCGUCGUCGACCCGGACGUCAUGUCGCUCGACGGCCGGAGCAACGCCAUCGAGACGGAGGCCGAGGUGAAGGACGACGGGAAGAUUCACGUCACCGUGCGCCGCUCCAGCGCGUCACGGUCCGACAUCUACUCGCGCCGGUCCAUGGGGUUCUCCAGCACCACGCCGCGCCCGUCCAACCUCACCAACGCCGAGAUCUACUCGCUGCAGUCGUCGCGCAACCCCACGCCCAGGGGCUCCAGCUUCAACCACACGGACUUCUACUCCAUGGUCGGCCGCAGCUCCAACUUCGGCGACUCCGACGCCUUCGGCCUCCGCACCGGCGCCACGCCCCGCCCGUCCAACUACGAGGACGACAAGGCCAAGCACCAGCAGCACCAGAUCCCCGCGUCGUACCCCGCGCCCAACCCGGCGGUGGCCGCGGCGCCCAAGGGGCCCAGGAAGGCGGCCGCGGCGGCCACCAACGGGCAGGCUAAGGGCGAGGACCUCCACAUGUUCGUCUGGAGCUCCAGCGCGUCGCCCGUGUCCGACGUCUUCGGCGGCGGCGCGCCCGACUACAACGACGGCGCGGCGGCCGCCAAGUCGCCCCGCAAAAUGGACGGAGCCAAGGACAGUCGGGAGGACUACGUGGAGCGAGACGACUUCAGCUUCGGGAACCGCGGCGCGGCGCUGCACGACAGGGACGCGGAGGCCGGCGACGAGAAGGCCAUGACUGCGGACGCCGGCGGCGGCAACGCGAUGGGCGCGGGGCCGACGGCGAUGCCGCCGACGAGCGUGAUGACGCGGCUGAUCCUCAUCAUGGUGUGGCGCAAGCUCAUCCGCAACCCCAACACCUACUCCAGCCUCAUCGGCCUCAUCUGGUCGCUCGUCUGCUUCAGGUGGAACAUCGAGAUGCCGGCGAUAGUGGUCAAGUCCAUCUCCAUCCUGUCGGAUGCAGGGCUCGGAAUGGCCAUGUUCAGCCUCGGUCUGUUCAUGGCGCUGCAGCCGCGGAUCAUCGCGUGCGGGAACAAGGUGGCGACGUACGCCAUGGCGGUGCGGUUCCUCGCCGGCCCGGCGGUCAUGACCGCCGCCUCCUUCGCCGUGGGCCUCCGCGGCACGCUCCUGCACGUCGCCAUCGUCCAGGCAGCGCUGCCGCAGGGCAUUGUCCCCUUCGUCUUCGCCAAGGAGUACAACGUGCACCCUGCCAUCCUCAGCACCGCGGUCAUAUUCGGCAUGCUCAUCGCCCUGCCCAUCACGCUCACCUACUACAUCCUGCUCGGUCUGUGAUCGUCGCCGGCGGCUCGAUCACCAUGUAAAGAUCCAUCGCGAGCUCGAUCGGGGGGAGAUCCUAGAGCUGCUUGCGACAAGAGGGUUCUUCAUUUUUUCCCCCUUUCCUCCUCCCUCUCUAGAGCAGCAAAGAAGGUGGCACUAGAAGCUAGGUAGGACGACAAUGGCGCGCGAGUCAAACAACACUCAAAAGGGCCACCGAAGCUUGGGGAGCUGGAGGGGAACACGCACGGCAUUCGGGUCGGGUUCUCAAGCGGGGUUUGCGAGUUUUUGGUUGAUUACGCUGACCCCUCCUCUUGUAAAACGGAUGCCCUUCUCAUAACUUGAUAUUGCUGACGUGAGUUUCAUGGUUUCUUCA